CUGUUCACUCGUCUCUCUAUCUUACACCUCCAAUGGCCUCUGAGGAACCUCCAACAUGCGGCGAGGUCGAGAAGAACGCUGCUGGUCUACGACCGGUCCAUCAGGAAAAGCAGUCGGCGUUCCACAAUCUCGGCAUCCUUGAUCGGUUUCUAGCGCUCUGGAUCUUCCUUGCCAUGGCGGUUGGGAUCAUCCUGGGCAACUUUGUUCCAGGCACAGGGCCUGCCUUGCAAAGAGGGACUUUUGUGGGCGUUUCGGUUCCAAUCGCCGUCGGUCUGCUUGUCAUGAUGUAUCCUAUCCUCUGCAAAGUCCGGUAUGAAGCUCUGCAUCAUGUCUUCCGGAGCAGACAGAUUUGGAUCCAGAUCGCGUUUAGCAUCUUUCUCAACUGGAUCAUAGCCCCUUUCUUAAUGUUGGCGCUGGCCUGGGCUUUCUUACCAGACGAACCGGAACUGCGUCAGGGGCUGAUAUUAGUUGGACUGGCGCGGUGUAUUGCUAUGGUGUUGAUCUGGACUGGGCUUGCUGGAGGAGACGCUGACUACUGCGCCAUCCUGGUUGCGCUGAACUCGCUCCUCCAGAUGAUUCUGUUUGCCCCCCUGGGCGUGUUCUUCAUCCAUACCAUCAGCGGCGACCCCGUCACAUUCGAAUACACCACUGCUGCCAAGAGCGUCGCUGUGUUCCUGGGGAUUCCCCUGGGCUCCGCAAUCCUCACCCGCCUGGGCCUUUGUCAGAUGGUCUCGAAGACAUGGUACGACCGGGUUUUCCUCAAGUGGAUCAGCCCAUGUUCUCUCAUCGGCCUUCUCUUCACCAUCCUCGUGUUGUUUGCAUCCCAGGGCCACCAGGUCGUCCAUCAGAUCGUCUCCGUCGUCCGUGUGGCUGCUCCUCUUGUUGUCUAUUUUCUUGUCAUCUUCUUCGCAACCCUCUUCAUCGCCUUCAGGAUGGGCUUCGGCUAUAAGCUCGCUGCAACCCAGAGCUUCACUGCAGCCAGCAAUAACUUCGAGCUCGCCAUUGCUGUAUCCGUGGCCACCUUUGGCGCAGAUAGCAACCAGGCCCUUGCCUCCACCGUCGGCCCGUUGAUAGAGGUUCCCGUGCUGCUCGGUCUCGUCUACGCCGUCAAGUUCAUCGCCAACAGAUUACGCUGGAAUGAUUAGCCAGAGUAGUUGUUAGGGUACCGAAAGGCAAGUAGGUUGAUUAGAUAAGGCAAACACCAACUGUAGAUAUUGUUAAAAUUAGACCUAGAAUAUGACAUUAGAAAGCACUCGAUUGUCUUGACACUUUGGUCGAAUGGGUCAGCGCCCCCUCACCCGGUGGCGAGAACAACCGUCGAUAGUAUUGGCGGCGCCGUAUAGAUGA